CGUUCCGUCACUUGCUUUUUAACGUGUAGGAAAGGAAAUGCCAAGAGCUCUGGCAGUACAGGAGAGGUCCAAACACUGACUCCCGUACCUGAAGUGACCGAUUUCUGCAGCUUGGUGACAAUGUCGGUGAACUCCUCCCGCUCGUACUUGGCUCGAAUCCAUUGCUCUUUCAGAACUCUGCAUUAGGGACAGAGAGGGUGGUCAAGGCCAUGAGAGCUGUAAAAACAACUCCUGACAAGGUGCAGCCUGACCUGCAGAGUUCAAUGAAGCAGGAAUCAAACCUGGAGGGUUCAGAGUUUGUUUCACACUGGGUGACAUACAUGCCCAGCCAGCAGUGUGUGUUCCAGCAGUUGAGGCUCCCCGGCAUGGUGAGACACCAGCGCUAUCUCCGCUGCACUUGUUGUAAGGAAGGUCACUACACUGUGGCGGAUUUCCACCACAUCGACUGCUCACAGCCUGACCCAGAGGCCGAGGACAUCGAUGAGCGCUACACCCCCCAGCAGCGGGCGGCUGUCCUGCGGGUGCUGAACACAGCCUCCCGGGAGGAGCUGGCGGGAAUCAAACUGCUGCGUGGCAGGAAGUCGGCCAACAUUGUGGAGUACAGAGAUGAACGUGGGCCAUUCACACACCUGCGGUGUCUACUGGAGGUGCCGCUCUUCAAACACAAAACCAUAAUGAAAGUGUGUCAGUCAAUCCUGAAUCCCUGUGAGGAGCCUGGGAGGAGAGACAAGAAACUUCAAGGACUGAAGUUUAUCAAACCUGAUGUAGAACGAAAGCGACUUCUGGCUGCAAAAAGCAUUGUGUCAGUCGUGUUUGGAAUCCGUAAGAUUGCAUGGGCUCAUGUGGACCGGAAUCUGACUGUUCUAGACUGGAAUCAGGAGACGAGUCAUCGCUAUAUGAAAGGCACCUACCUGCCCUCCGUCUACCUUGAGGAGAUCUCCACGGCCGUCUCUAAAAUCCCCAAAGCAGAUUUCUUCAUCUUGGAGAAGCCCAGCAUCUCGACUCAGAACACCAACCUGUUCCCUGUGACUCUGCACUUGCGCACAAUUGAGGCCAUGCUACACGGGCUGCUGGGGGGCAGCUUCCUGGAGGAUGGUCAGCACAGGGUGCUGAGCGUGGUGCGCACUGCAAUUGGGAAGCACUUUGAAUUGAUGGUGGGGGAAUCCCGGACCAGCGGGAGGGAACUGGUGCUGCAGCUCAUGGUCGACUCGGUGAUGCAGGAGCACCCACGGGUGCUGUUUCCCCGGGACACUCUGGCCCGCUAUAGGAGACUGUUUCAGAAGGGAAAUACAGAACGGGGAGAGGAAAUGUGCGAUGCUUUGCUGCAGGCUGUUGCUUUUUACGAAUUUCUGUUUAACAGGUCUUAAAAUAUCACAUCACGAUUAAAGAGGGACUUGAUCAGUUACCACCAGUAUCUCAACAGGUGCCAGUCAUAGUCAUCCAAGCGCACUGAGGUCAAUGAUUGUAACCCAUUUUGCGCAGAGCAUUUAGUACAGAGGGCUGAGCGCAUUGCAAGCAACGGUGAGGAGUAACUUCAGCCUAAAAUAAAAAUAGGAAAUGCUGGAAAUAGUCAGCAGCUCAGGCAGCAUCUGUGGAGAGAGAAACAGAGUUAAAGUUUCAGGUUACCGACCCAAACGUUUAUGCUGUUUCCCUCUCCACAGAUUCUGGCUGAGCAGCUGACUAUUUCAGCAGAUUCCUGUUUUUAGUUCAUAUUUCCAGUAUCCGCAGUAUUUUGAUUUUCAGCUUGUUGCUCAGAGACUGUUGAAUCAUUUCUUCUUGCUUUGUUGAACAGUUUGCACCUGCCUCAGUAACGUUAGAGAUGAUGUUCCCUCUCAACAUGUUUGAAGAAAGAACAAACUCCCUUUUAAAUGGCAGCUCUCAUGACCUCAGUGUCUGUUGUAAUGUGGGAAAUGCGACAGCCAUUUUGCGCAUAGGCAGAUGCCACAAACAGCAAUAUGAUAAUGACCAGUUAAUCUGUUUUUUAAUGCUGAUGAUUGAAGGAUAAAUAUUGACCCCAGGACACUGGGGCUAACCACCUACUAUUCUUCAAAUCGUGUUUGAGAUCGAUUACAUCAACACGGGAGGGAAGAUGGGGCCUUUGUGUAACGUCUCAUCCGCAAGACGGCACCUGUGUCACUGCAGCACUCCCUCAGAAGUGCCUGGCCUGUCAGUCUAGAUCAUGAGCUCCAGAGCCUGGAGUAGAACUUGAACCCACAACCUUGUUGACUCAGCUGAGAGUGUGGCUCACUGAGCCACCACCAACAUAAAGACGAGAUCAGGUGAAUCAUGUGACCUUUUUGGUCAGUAUGGAUCAGCUGCUCAUUGGGGGAGAAACACAAGGCCAUCAAGAACUAGUUAUAUUUCUGAAUGCUUUUAUUUAAAGGGACUGUUGUCUUCUUGGAGCCAGUUUGAUCAACCCUUUUUGUGACUUUACAAAUGUCCAGUGAUGGAAACUGUCUGAGCUUGUCUUUAUUGGUUGAGAAUUGUCUCACACUAAAAUCAUACACACUUUUGCUGCCUUCUCAAAUUUUGACAAACUCUCCUGUAUGUGAGAAGUUGUCCCUUUAACUGGACUACUUGUAAGUGGGAUUGACUACGGUGUUCCAACAGGCCUGUCUCUGACCAGUUGCCGGCUGCUUCUGGGUAGUAGUCCUAAAGGACAACUGUGGGUCAGAGUGUUGGGGGUGGCAAAUUCCUGAUGAUUGGGUUGUGGGGAUGGAUGUAAGGGGGCACGAUGUGGGUGUGAGUGGCAUGAUGUUGAACUACACAAAUACUAGGGCACUCAGAUUGAAAUCCUGCUCUGUACUGUUAAGUGAUUGUGUCCUCCUGCCACCCAAGCUGCAGUGAUUGACCUCACUGCGCCCAGGGUCAGGAGAGGAGAAACCAAUCUGGGCCAGGGGGGUGUGCGGAGGAGGAUUCAGUUCCUGUUCACCAUUCUUUGUUCCCAGCCAGAAAGCAGCUUCUGGGGCUCUUGGGUGAGAAUAGAGGUUUGGUCUUUGUCCUUGCUCUAUAUUCUUCCUGUUGUUUGGUUCCCAGAUGUUGAUAAUAAUCACUCUAACUUGCCAUGCUGCCUUGUACAAUAGAAGGACUGGUUUGACUGUGCUGUAAAAUGUGGCCCCCGGAACAAUUACACAAAACAAUUAGUUCCUAGCUUUUUACAGGUAAUAGAAUGAUGUGUAACAGUCCUGAUGCCAAUCCCCAUGGGAUUGGAUAAUGGAGAGUAACCACUGCACACGUACCCCACAACUUGAGAAAGUAGGGAUAAGGAGAGAAAACCAAAGGGGAGAGUGGGAAAAGAAAGUUUGAUAUUAGUCAGGAGUUAGUGUUUUUAAUUGAGUUUAUGUUAAGCCAGUUUCUUCCGAUGGUCAUAAUUGGAUUCUGAACCCAUUCAUGUCCUUACUUCAACACCCCCAGGACUAGGAUGCACUGAACUCGGUUCUGACUUUUACUACUUGAAUUUUGGUUUGAAUGUUGCUCAGAGUCAGCGAACAAAAGUCAUGUCUAUCUUGGUCCGACGUGCGCUAAGUUCAGACGUUAUCCAGGCCAUGGUCCACAGCUGAUGAAGAGGUUCAAUCUCUGGGUUGUGCUGAAUUAACUAUUUCAGGCAGGAUUGGGGUGUUACAACAGAUUUUGUUUUGGUUUGGGUGUGAGUGAGAAAUAAGAUUAGGAUUGCUGUCUGUUGGAAAAUGUGCUUGUGCAGCUAAGUUAAUUCCUUCAGGAAAAAACAUGGCAGGUCUCCCCAUUGACUGUAUCUUUGUAUCUAAAGCAGUGAUUUUCAAAUUCUAGCCGGUGCUGUGUGCAAACCACCCAGGCGAUGAUUGAUUUGUGCACCAAUUGGACUGUGUUACAUGGUUUAAACCAGACCCUGCAUUAGGACCACCACUCAUUUGAUUUCACUGCUGAUCUGCCCUGAUCUUUGAGCACACCCAUCAUUGACCAAGUGAUUUGGGAUAUGUAGGUGAUGGAAGGCACUAUAUAAAUCAAGUCCUUUCUUUUAAGAAAAUUUAUAGUUGUAAAGCUAAGUGAUUGUACAUUUCAACCUGUCCUGCCUAAUGUGGUUAUUUAUUAUUAAACGGUUUCACUGUAA